UUCAGUUGCUAAAAAGCCACCGCCGCCGCCGAUACGGGUCGUGUGCGAACGUCGCCACCGCCACCGCCGCAGCCGCCGCCGCCGCCGCCGUUGUCGUAAUCGCCGUAGGUGUAUAUCAUAUUAUUAUUAUUAUUAUUAUUGUUAUUGUUAUCGUCGCGCCGGAUAAUUGUUUUAAUAUCAUCGCAGCCGCAAACACCCCGCCGCCGCCGUCGACGUGAUAAUACUACGAGUGUAUGGACCCGAACGAGUGACGGCCGAAUGAAUAAAAUUCGCGUUUGCUACCGUUUGCUAUCGUUUAAUAUCGUAUAUCGUACGGUUAACUGCACGCGCAGAUGCACUAAUCGCGGUCACGUCGAGUUCGUUGCGUUUUCGGCGAUAAGUGUAAACCGAGUGUGCAAUCGUUUUAUCGCCGUCGAGCAUUGACGCGAUUCCGGCGGAAUCUGCAGCACGCCGGCGAGGACCGGUAUAAGACAUCGCCGCCGUCGAGACUCGCGCGGACGACGAGAUCGGAUCGCACAACUUGCACCUGCCUCUCUCUCUCUCUUAUGAUAACAAUAUCAUAGUAAACGACCACACGAAUCGAGAGUUCCGAGAUCACGAUGCUUAUCACUGGUACUGUAGCUGUCCAAUUAAAUUUAUAAUCCUUGGCGGAUGACCUUCGUACGUUUCAGGGAAAUGGUACCAAAUCUGUUCUUAGUUGCACUGUUUAUCAAUGUUCCCGAUUUAUGGGCCUCAGACAGACGGCACAGUCGCCACGCAUCGGUCGGCGGAGGCAUGACGAACCAACUUGAUCCGAGAAACACGGCUGCAAUAAACACCACUGCUUCUAGAAAGUUCUUGCAGGAGUUUCUACAGGAUAUCCCUCCACCAAUUAUUGGCCCAGUAUUCGACAAAACUGUGCCGAACAACGUGACUGGGUUAGUUGGUAGAACCGCGUACUUACAUUGCAGAGUCAAGAACCUGGGCAAUCGAACCGUAUCGUGGAUUCGACAUCGGGACAUACAUCUUCUCACGGCGGGAAGGUACACAUACACAAGUGACCAACGGUUCGAAGCCAUUCAUGAACCACAUUCAGAAAACUGGUCGUUAAGAAUAAAAUAUCCACAAAAAAAAGAUUCUGGUAUAUACGAAUGCCAGAUAAGUACAACACCGCCCAUAGGACAUCCUGUAUACUUAACCGUGUUAGAACCAACUACCGAAAUACUGGGAGGUCCGGAGCUGUUCAUUGAUCAGGGUAGCACGAUAAACCUCACCUGCUUGGUGCAGUUCGCACCGGAACCUCCGCCGACCGUUGGCUGGACGCACGAAAAACAACCCAUAAAUUUCGAUUCUCCACGAGGCGGAAUAAGCCUGGUAACGGAAAAAGGGUCAACCACCAGCAGCAGAUUAUUAAUUCAAAAGGCGUCGUCUUCAGAUACUGGCUACUACUCUUGCGAUCCGUCAAAUGCAAAUUCGGCCACCAUCAGGGUUCAUAUAUUAAACGGUGAACAUCCGGCCGCAAUGCACCACGGCCAGGGCAGCAUCCCGCUAUGCCCGCCGAUUGUCAGCGCCAUGAUCGUACCGUUUUUGCUCAUCUUUACUGCCAGAGACCUAUAGUACCGACAACGUACACACCCGAAAAUAUUUAAUAUUAACAUAUUAUAUUAUAUUUAAGUGUUAUAAUGUAACGACGUAUGGGGGAUAGGGGGGAAAUGUUUCAGAUUUAAAAUGUGUAAAAGCCUAUCGCACUAAUAACACAAUAUUGUAUAGAUGACGUUCUGUGUACAGAGUAUACUCGUCGAGCGAUACGCUCAAAACCGUCGACGACGCAGCGGACGAUUCGGACGAGAGAUUUUACGUUUUCUCUCGGGUCACUUGUACAUUAUUAUUAUCGCAGCAUCGUCGCAUACGCGUGUCCGUUUUGUAAACUGCGCACACGACUACUACAACACAAUAAUGAGCGUACUUAUUAAAAUAGAGUAUUAAACACGACAUCAUAAUAUCCGCCACGUCCGUCGAUGAUUUUUUUUUUUUCGUUACCCCAAAGUCAUCGACACUGCCCGCCUAAUAAACGUGUUUAAUAUAAUAUUUAACAAUAUAUUAUUAUUAUUAUUAUUAUGUGUUACAGUAUAAUAUUUCGUUUUGAAUUUAAUAAAAUAAAUAUCCGUAUACGCGCGUUCGCGUUUAUUGUCGAACCGCGCACAGCCGUUCAACGUGAUAAAUAUAGGCAGGUACACAAUAUACACACGGAAUACGAGUGCCACCGUCAACAUUUCAUCGUAAUCGAUUUAUAAAAUCGUACCCAUACCAAAAUAGUUUUUGCAAAACACCAAUUCAAUAACUUUGAACGUAUAAUCGCAUACUGCAGUACGCCUAUUAACAUUAUAAUUGCGAACUGAUCCGAACCCACUAUAACACAAUACAAUAAUAAAGACUUCACGAUCGAUCCCCGCGUAGUAGACAUCUGACUGUAAAUUGCAUAUAUAUAAGCCGAGAAACCGAUCAAAAAAUUAAUUUUUUACACUUCAAAAACGAAAAUAUAACAUUUUUUUUUUUCUGGACGUUUUAAGGUUUUUACGGUUUUGGUUGUAUAACGAUUAUAAUAUUAUAUAUAGUAUUAGUAUUUCAUUGAUUCGAUCUCAUGUAACAAACUCGAUAAUACUUUUGUAUUGAAAAUAAAAACUAAUAAUUAUUGUUUUGUGUGAACAUAUCUAUCACAAAAUCGAUACAAUAGGUAAUUUUUUUUCUUUGCACUUUUGCAUAAGUCAAAAUAUGUGUUGUAUGUUUUUUUUAGGAAACAGUUCGUAAAAAACACAUUACAUGAAUAUGAUACAAAUUAUAAAUACACGAGAUUUGCACUCACGAGCGAAAUCUCGACUACUUAGCGUUGUGUUAAUAAUAACAAUAUGAUACAUCAGUUUUUAAUAAUAUAAUAUUAAAAUUUAAAAAUAUGACGGCAGUGCCUAAUUUAAAUACACCACCACACCAGGACUUAACGUUCAGCGUAAAACAUAUACUUCUCCGAUAAUAACAAUAUUAUUCGAAUAAAACAUUUUACGCAGUGAGUAUAUAAUGUUAUAACUAAAAACCAUUUGUUUAAAUCAUAUAAUAAUAAAAAAAAAAUAUAUUUAUAUCCAAAACAAUUUGUUUGUUAAGAUCCACGAUUAUAUUAUAGAUAUAACCAAACAACCCCAAAUAAUGUGGAAGAAGAAUAAUAAAAAUGUUCUCGCCACUAAUUUAUCGUGUAAGACUUAAAAAUUAAAAUCUGUUAGAAUAAUGUAAGACACUUAUUUUUAAGUAUUUAUAUAAAAAUGUAAAAUAGGUCUAUAUAAUAUAAUGGUUAAAGACUAAAGAUUAACGUGUCUGAUGCGCCUAAGUAAGUCUACGUUGUUUGUUAAGUCUUAGUUUACAUUUAUUACCUAUAAUUUCUACAAUAGGUCGUCAGGAUGUCGUCAAUAAUGCGGUGUAAAUGUUUUUUUUUCCAAAGUUCCCCUAAAAUUAGAAUCUUAACUAUACCAAUUUACAUAUCACAGAAAUAUAAUUAGAUUAUACAUGAAUAUAAUGCUGUAUAAAAACAAAAAUAAAACACCGUUUCUAUUUAUUAUGAAUUAUAUGAUUUGCCAAUUUAGUCCUGUGAUUUUAUAUUAAUUAGGUACUUAUUAAAAACGAGGACUUAAAACUGUAGACGAUUUUCACCUUUCAUUGAUUAACAAUAAACCUAUACGAUUUGAUUUAAACCACUUAAACAGCUAUAGCAUUAUUACGAUACCACUUUUGGUUACUUCACCAUGGUUCUCCUAACCGCAGUUAUUUAAUUUCGUGAUUCGGGCAGCGAAGGUUUUAUUUUUCGAAUAUCUAACAAACCAUUUUUUACAGUACCUAUAUAAACAUAUUAUGAAAUAUUUGUUAUAUAAUAUUAUGUUUUAAUAACAUUAUACCAACCGGUAUAAUGUGUAUACAUUCAUAUUAUACUGUUUUCAUUAUCGUCGACCGUUAUUGUUAUAAGAUCAUAUUUUUUUUUUCUGAACGUAUGUUUGUUAGGAUAAAUUAGAAUGAAAUACACAAAAUAAACACACAACACACACACAGGGUUGUCACGCCAAGAGAAUAAAAACGAUCAUUUUGAUUUAUUUAUAUCAAUUUAUUAUAGUUAUACGAUCGAUACGAACUUAUAAUUUUAUAAAAUAUACCUAGUUGUUUUUCUUUUUUUUAUUAUUAUUAUUAUUAUUAUUAAAAAUAUAAAAUAUUUACAAUCUGUACAAAAUAAAGUUACUAGCAUAAAGCAAAUAA